UACGACCCCGGUUUGUUGAAUAAAUGUUUUGUGUACCGUCGUGCGAUUUUACGGUGAUCUCGGUGUCGCGUUACGCUUUUCAGACGUGUGGCGUCCAAGCACAUUUGGAUUAUGGCAUCAUCCGAUCCGCCGCGAUCGAAUGGCGAGUGAAUCUGCGUAACAAAUUAAUUCCGCAUCUUAUGCCGCUGCAGCUGCGAAGGCCAUAUUAAUCAUUAAGUACGGCGCGCAGUAUCAUUGACAGAAUUGCCGUCUGGCCUGGUUCAGGAGUUUCCUCCCUUCCACGCACAGAUUGCCUUGCGAUUUGCAUAGUGUGUGCGCGCAUGGAGUAGACAUCCGGGAAGUGUGACCCCCGAAGACCCGACGAUCAAAACCUACUACCAAACCGUCUUUCCCGGCCACCCGGUCUUUUUUUUUUUUACACGAGGUGCACAAACGAGGACAGUCGACAUGGACCGAGUCUUCAUAGACGAGGAGACCGGCGAGGAUCUGAUCCAUCCGUUCGACAAUUACGAUUUUCACCGUCUGGGCGAUUCGACGACGAUGAACGACGCGGAGACCGGAGAGCCGGAAGUCAACAUCACGGACCACGUGAUAGUGAGAAGUCAUCUGCGGAAAGCGCCGUUUCAGAUACCAAAAGAGAUAAAGGAGAAGUCGUCGAAAAAACGUCGCCAAAUAGAGAUAGAACCGGUUCCAGCAGGUGCUUCAUUCGGCCAGAUAAAUCCCAUUUGCCUGUUUUUACCGGCCAUUAUUUACUUCCGCUGGUUUCUCGCUCUGCUGAUGAUCUUCGAGGUCAUUCUGCACAUAUGGGCGCAUCACAAAAACAAGAGUUUGAAGAACGCCAACGUGUACUUCCGUUCACCGUUCCACGACAUUUCGGCGGAGUUCUGCGCUUUAUGCCAAAAUGAAACCUGCAUGAAUCGUGUCGGUAAAAUGCACCAAAUUCGAAUGCACAAAUUUCUGCGGCAAUGCAACUACAUGAAAAGAGUAGUGACGUGAGUAAAUUUGAAUUGUAUCUAGUGAGAUCCUAACGUCACGGAAUUUUAAAAUGGUAACGAUAAAUUAAAUAUGAUUAGAUACUUCAAAUUUAAAAAAUUGUUAUAAAAUAACUGUUAUAUUUUAUACAUAUACAACUGUUACAACACACACGUAACACACACACACAUGUGCGCGCACAUGUACACAAUAUAUAAUAUAGUUGUUAUUCAUUUCUAUUCUUCUUCAUAGUGGAUAUUAUAUUUGUCAUAUUAAUCUGUAAUUUGUUUUAUUAAUAUUUUUUUUAUAUCUUGUUAUAUUUUUAAGAACAAAUGCAUGCAAAGUUUCUGUUAAGAAUUAAGAAGAUUGUAACACAUAUUAUAACACAAAUAGAGGAAAAACGUUUUAUAU